AUGCAAGGCAACGCAACGGCGUCCUCGUCCUCAUCGUCGGGUCCUGUGGCCCACAAUGCUCUGCCACCACCUUCAACAUCCUCAGCAAGUCGCUCCUCACGUAUUGCCCCUCAUUCGCACAUCAAGGGUCUAGGACUAAACGCCGAAGGUCGCGCUGCAGCCGACAGUGCAGGUUUUAUCGGUCAAAAUAACGCUCGUGAGGCAUGUGGUGUAAUCGUAGAACUUGUCAAGUCACGAAAAUUCUCUGGACGUGCACUCCUUCUGGUGGGUGCUCCAGGAACAGGAAAAACUGCGUUGGCACUCGCUGUUUCACAUGAACUCGGCUCAAAGGUGCCGUUCUGCCCCAUGGUUGGAUCGGAAGUCUACAGUACGGAAGUAAAGAAGACAGAGGUAUUAGCAGAGGUUUUUCGGAGAGCUAUAGGUCUUCGGAUAAAAGAAACCAAAGAAGUGUUCGAAGGAGAAGUGACCGAAAUGACUCCCACCGAGUCUGAAAAUCCACUUAGCGGUUAUGGCAAAACCAUCUCGCGCGUUGUCAUUGGACUGAAAACUGUCAAGGGCACGAAACAACUUAGCAUGGACCCCACUAUAUAUGAGGCGAUGAUGAAAGAGAAGAUUGUCGUCGGAGAUGUGAUUUACAUCGAAAAAAAUUCAGGCGCAGUGAAGGCAUGUAGACCUAGCCCUCACUCCACGGCCUCUCUAACAUAUGUGCAUUGUAGCGUGUUGGACGAUCUGACGCAUACGCGUCUUCGUACGAUCUUGAGUCUGAAACGUAUGUUCCCCUCCCUAAGGGUGAAGUAUACAAGCGGAAAGAGCUCGUGCAAGAUGUUACUCUGGGCGAUCUGGAUGCAGCCAACGCCCGCCCUCAAGGUGGCCAGGACAUCAUGA